GAGGACAUUGUUAGGCUGAAGCGCUGCAUCUAUGCAGCACAGCGUAACAACCUCCCACCUAUUUGUACACACAACGUCGUGCAGGACAACAUUGAUCUGGUUCUCUGCAAUCUUCGUCGCUGCCGUCUCUUCAACAACCGAUACGACCGUGUCAAGAAUUAUCUGGAUAUAGAGCUGGAUGAUUAUUUGAGGGAAGAAUAA